CCUCAUCUUAGCAAGUGGCCCUAGGCGCAUCCAACAGACCCGCCAACUAAGCGGAGGCCGCGCGGUUUCAUCUUUAAUGCUCCUGAAGGACAAUAGCUCAUCAAGCCCCACCGAAAGCCCCGGACCCGUCGCGGAGCCUGGGCUGGCGGGGGAUGAGGCUGAGCGACUCCUCCUAGAGGUGGUUAUGUGGAGAAGGAGCAAUCCCUUCUCCCUCCGCCUCCUCCCCCCGCUACUAUCCGCGGCCCAGGGAACUGCCGCUUGCCGCCAUUGACACGCACAGAUAGAACCCAAAGAAAGGCAAAGAGUCCUGCCUGGCACCGGCGCCGCGCGGGCCGAACCUGCGCCGAGGAGGGGCGCGCGGAGGGGACCGGGCGCCCGGAGCAGGCGGCGCAGCACCAGCAUUGUGUUAGUGCCGGGAGGCCACUGUGUCAGCAAGCUGAAAGGGAAACUGAGGCAAGAUGUCGGGCCGGAGCGGGAAGAAGAAAAUGUCCAAGCUGUCCCGUUCAGCCAGGGCCGGUGUCAUCUUCCCGGUGGGGAGACUGAUGCGUUACCUGAAGAAAGGGACGUUCAAGUACCGGAUCAGCGUGGGCGCCCCCGUCUACAUGGCGGCAGUCAUCGAGUAUUUGGCAGCGGAAAUCCUAGAAUUGGCUGGGAAUGCCGCGAGGGACAACAAGAAGGCCCGGAUAGCCCCAAGACACAUCCUGCUGGCAGUUGCCAAUGACGAGGAGCUCAACCAGCUGCUAAAAGGAGUGACCAUCGCCAGUGGAGGUGUCCUGCCCAGAAUUCACCCCGAACUGCUGGCCAAAAAGCGAGGGACCAAAGGCAAGUCGGAAACUAUCCUCUCCCCGCCCCCAGAGAAAAGAGGAAGGAAGGCCGCAUCAGGCAAGAAGGGAGGCAAGAAAUCCAAGGCUGCCAAGCCGCGGACGUCCAAAAAGUCCAAACCAAAGGACAGCGAUAAAGAAGGAACCUCAAAUUCCACCUCCGAAGAUGGGCCAGGGGAUGGAUUCACCAUCCUGUCUUCUAAGAGCCUUGUUCUGGGGCAGAAGCUGUCCUUGACCCAGAGUGACAUCAGCCAUAUUGGCUCCAUGAGAGUGGAGGGCAUUGUUCACCCAACCACAGCCGAAAUUGACCUCAAGGAAGACAUAGGUAAAGCCUUGGAAAAGGCUGGGGGCAAAGAGUUCUUGGAAACAGUAAAGGAGCUUCGCAAAUCCCAAGGCCCCUUGGAAGUUGCUGAAGCUGCCGUCAGCCAAUCCAGUGGACUUGCAGCCAAAUUUGUCAUCCACUGUCACAUCCCUCAGUGGGGCUCUGACAAAUGUGAAGAACAGCUUGAAGAGACCAUCAAAAACUGCCUGUCGGCGGCAGAGGACAAGAAGCUAAAGUCCGUCGCGUUCCCUCCUUUCCCCAGCGGCAGAAACUGCUUUCCCAAACAGACCGCAGCCCAGGUGACCCUCAAAGCGAUCUCGGCCCACUUCGACGACUCGAGCGCGUCCUCGCUGAAGAAUGUGUACUUCCUGCUCUUCGACAGCGAGAGCAUCGGCAUCUACGUGCAGGAGAUGGCCAAGCUCGACGCCAAGUAGCCGCUGUGCUUUCCAACAGGGAUCGGAGGAGGAUCGGAGUCACGAGAGGGGGGUUUUAUUUUUUAAAAGGGGAGAAGAAGGGUGACGGCAGGGCAGGGGAGUGGAGGGCGGCAGAGAGGGCAGUGGGCAGGUCCUGCCCACGGGAGGAGCUCUCUGCAUUUUAUAUUCUCCUUCAAGAGCCUCAGACCAUAAUUAAGCAGGUCUCCACGAGCGGUUUCUUUCCAUGUGUUUUCUUCGCGUUGUUUUAGGAAGAAAAAAAAAAAGACCUCAUUUUAGAUUUAUAGCAUUGAUUUUUACACACAAAAAAAAAAUCCUUUUGAAAUUCUUAAGAUCUCUGUUCCUCCUUUUUACAAGGGAAGAGAGCAUGAAAGCAACUGGGGCUUUGCUGGUUGUCUGUAUUCCGUGACGGGGAGAAAACAUGGGGACAUCUCACUGGUGCUUUUCUCUUUUGUUUGUGCCCCCAUCCCUAGCCCUGUAAUAUCUGUAACUACUCCUAAAAAGUUUUUGCUUCAGGCAUUUUUUUAUUUUGUUUUGUUUUUUAAAGAAAAAGAAAAUGAAAAGAAAAAAUAAAAGAUCCAGCAUCUUUCUUA